GCUGUCUUCAUAGAGGUUUUGUUUGUUUUAAAUUUUUCUCGGUCGCAAAGAGAUUUCAAUCAAAUAAAUAACAAUUAAUUUAAAAAUUAACAAACUAAAGCAGCUAAAAUGCAAACAAAUAUAAACAAUUAUUGACAAUAAAGCAACAGAGUGCUUACAACAAUUGAAAUUGGAAACUUUUUACAUCAUAAACAUCAAUUACGUUGCUGACAAAAAGACAAAAAAAAAAAAGUGCAAAUUCGUUGUGCAGGCCGAAAAAUAAAACAAUAACAAUAAGGUGCUACUACACAAGAGGAACGAGUGGGUGUUAAUAGUGACUAAUAUUUGCUUUGUCUACACGUUUUUAUUGUGUUAGCUUCAGUAACUUCAGUUGCAUUUCGUGGUGCCACAAUGGAAAUGAAAGAAGUUUUCGCCCGUGAGGGCAGAGGAGAUGUCAAAAACUUGUUGGUCUAUCAAAUGCGUGAUGAUAAACCACUGGCUUUGGGUGCUAAUUAUGAGAAGUCUGUGCCGUCACCAUUACACACACAUCGCAAACCACCAAAAUCUCCAAAUGCUUUAUUGCCCCCGACUGCCUUGACACCCAAAAAAUCACACUCGCCUUCACGCCAUUCUAGUAAACAAUCAACGGGUCCCAGAGUGCGAAGUGCUUCUACGGGUCGCGAUAAAAAGUCAGAACUGCAGGCUCGCUAUUGGGCUUUACUGUUUGGUAAUCUGCAGCGUGCAGUUAAUGAAAUCUAUCAGACUGUGGAGUGUUAUGAAAAUAUAUCGUCUUGUCAGGAGGCCAUACUGGUUUUAGAAAACUACGUACGAGACUUUAAGGCCUUGAGUGAGUGGUUUAAGGUCUCGUGGGACUAUGAAUCGCGUCCCUUACAGCAAAGACCCAAUUCUUUGGCUUGGGAGGUACGAAAGAGUAAUCCGGUGCCUCGUGUAAGAGCUAAAUCUUUGUCCAGUCCAACGGUAUCGGGAAAAUCUAGCCCAUGUCCUUGUAACUCGGGUAAAAGUUCUCCAUGUUUGGGUAAUUUGGAUCAACAUUCACCACGUAAAGGUUACCGGGUAAAUGUACGAGAACUAUUUGCUUCUUCUAAGAGACAGCACUCGGAUAAUCCAAAAGAAUUUGAACACCAUAUUCAGGAACAACAGCCUCCUCCUCCUGUGUCACCCAGAGUGGAGAAUCAUGAAGAAGAGGAGACUUGCCAUAUGAUUUUGGAAAAUCGUAGCCAUCAAUAUGCUCAAACUGAUUUGGAAGAUGAUCAUUUAACCUUAGCGGGAAUACGAGAGAAAAUGCAACGUGAACAGGAAGAAAGAGAGGCUCAAUUGCGACAGGAAGAAGAAUUAAAAAGGCAACAAGAAGUGGCAAGAGAACAGCAAGAGGAAGAAGAAAAACAAAAGAAAGCUAAUGAACUGGCGGAGGCACAACAAAAGCAACAAGAAAUUGCAAAAGAACCAACAGCCCUAGAAAUUACUGUUAAGAAAUUAGAUGACAUGGAAAAUGCUUUUCUUUCCACCAACACUAAAAAGGAACCUACACCACCUGAUACCGUUCUAAAAAAGGUGCAACCUUUGGAAGAAAAAUCAACUAAAUGCGAAAAACCGGCAACAGAAGGAAAUAAAAAAGCUACGACAUUACCCUCUACAGCCCAAAAUAGUCCUUUAAAGUAUUCCAGUGUUUUAAAUAGGCCAGCAGCACCGGCCAAUAGUAAUGCUAAUACAACAAAACCAACAAUUACAACAAAUGCAACUAAUAAUGCAAAUCCUGUUAAACCAGUAGUUAAUACCAAGGCAUCUACUUUAAGAGCUUCAGCUGGUAAGCCGAUUAACACAACCACAGCAGCUAAAACUGGCUUUAAUACUACAUUGAAACGUUCCGCUACUACAGCUGCUGCAACUUCUCAAAAACCACCAUUUGCUAGUGGAAAAGCUUUACCCAGAAACAGUAGAAAUUCUCUACCCCCACGUUCAGUCAACAGCAAACCAGAUAAUUAUGGUCCACCCACUAAUGUGGCCUCUCGUUUGUCAGCUCGAUCACGUACUAUGAUUGAAAUGAAUCAGAACGGUGGAGGACCACAAAAGACUGCGAAUAACUUAAAGCGCCAAACAUCUAUAACUUCAAAAUAUCUUAACAGCAACAACAAUUUAACUUCCCAUAAAUCAUCUAAAGAUGAUAUAGGCAGCUCAACAUCAACCCUGAAAGCCAGUAAUGAAAAGAUCUCAUCGUCACGUUCCAGCAUCAAUCAGCAUCCAACAACAGCGGACGAUCGUAAAUCAGAACCCAAACAAAUGCCCAGUAAUAAUAAUGACAACAAUGACGGUUGGUUGACAGUGAAAAAUAGGAGACGAUCCAGUAUGCAUUGGUCUUCUAGAUUUAAUCAGCCAACAGGUUACGCUAGUUUGCCCACCUUGGCGCUACUCGAUGAGAAGCAAAGUGAUGAGGAACAAGAGGUGAAAUGUGCCACAGAUGCAAAAAGUAAACCACAAACCAAUGGCCAUACUAGCAAACCAUCAAAAGUGGUAAAACAAACGCAAAAAGUGGCACCAGAUAAAAAUAAAACAUUAACAUCAUCUUCUUCAACUCUAAGGCCAGAAAUUAAAAAUGCUAAAGCCAAAGUCAAUUCCUUGCCAACUCAAAAGAAAAGCUCUACUAAUGCUUCUUCGAUACAAGCGAAAAAGGAGUCAACACCUCCUUUAAUAGCUAGGACUACACCAGCCAUAGUGCCCACCAGACAAACUAAUAUAAAGCGUCAAAAGUCUGAUCUGACAGGACUCAAAAUGACUUCUUUACAUAAGGAAUAUAUGCGCAGUGAAAAGUUGGCUUUGCGCAAACAAAACAACAGUCUUAAUGGUGCAGCCAAGUCCUCCGAGUUAUUGAAUCAUUAUCAUUUGGGUUCCGGUGAUUGCUCUGAUAUAAAUUCGUCUGCCGAAACCAUAGUAGAAGCUCAGAGCAGCCUUUCACCCGAAUUAACUAACUCAGACAUAAGUUGUGGCGAUCAUAAUAAAAUCGACAUUAAAAUACAAACCAAUCGAGACUUUUCCAAAACUAUAGGCGACCUUUAUAAAAGCAUUGCCAAUAAAGCGGAAAAUUCCAUUACCACUUCAUCAACCUCUGGGCCUGGUGCUCUUUCGAGUUGUGAUGAAAACGAUGAGUGUGAUGAACAUCAACGUUUACUUGUUGAAGAACAGGAAUCAUUGGAGCGGCAGAUUCGUGAAUUAGAAUCUACAGAAAUAGAUGUUGAUACGGAAACCGACGAAACUGACUGUGAAGUUGGCAUUCUUGAGACAGAUCGUGAUGAUGAAGAGGAAUUUGGUUUCCAUGACGGCUUAGAUGCCUCCUCUGUUGUGUUUGUGCCUAUUAAUGGCCAGGAGGAUGAUUCAAAUCUCAGCCUGGAGACCAGAUAUCAGGCCUUGUUGUCCGAAAUGUCUUGGGGUGAAAGAGAAGAAGCUUUGGCCACAUUGCAGGCUUACGUCUCCCGCCAUCCAGGCAGAGCUCAAGAACUACAUCAAAAACUUUCAUCUCCUUCCAGAAGACGUUCACUGCAGGAAACUUUAAAAAAAUAUCAAGCAAAACAGGCGCGAGCCCAACAAAAGCGUGAAAAUCUUAAGAAGGAAAAAGCCAUAAAAAUACAACAGCUUUUGGCACGUGUGGAAGAUGUUAAAGCAGCCAAGAGACAAUUAAUAGAAGAUAAACGUUUAAAAAUGGAGGGCAGACUGCAACGUGCUGCCGAAAAUCGUGAACUGUAUUUGAGGCAAAUCAUUGAAAAAGCCCACGAUGAAGAGAAAAAGCUCAAAGAAAUUAAUUUUAUCAAAAACAUAGAGGCACAAAACAAAAGGUUGGAUCUCAUAGAGUCUUCCAAAGAGACGGAGGGACGUUUACAGGAUUUAGAACAAGAAAGACAAAAGCGACUAGAGGAGAAGGCAGCUAAAGAGGCAGCAGUUGAGAGACGUCGCCAGGAGUUGGAAAAAGAAAGGCAACGUAAAUUGGAGAAAAUGAAUGAGACUCGUUUAGAAAAGGAACAACGAAUUGGCAAAAUGCAAGAACAAAAGGAGAAACAACGUCAAGCACUGGCUCGUGAGAAGGCCAGAGAUCGUGAGGAACGUUUGUUGGCAUUGCAAGUGCAGCAACAACAAACCACCGAAGAACUACAAAGGAAAAUAUUACAAAAACAAAAGGAAUCGGCUAGACGUCACGAGGAGAAUAUCGAACAUAUAAGACAAAGGGCUCUAGAGCUAACCAUACCUUCGAGAAAUGUAGAAGAAAAUGGUCUUAUACGUUCCGAAGGUGAAGAGCAACCAGUUGAAGAUUGUGAUCUCUCAUCGACCGUCUCAGAUGUGGGCAGUCGAGAACAUACACGUGGCUAUAAAAAGAAAAUGAAGAAACUAAAACAAAGAAUGUCACAAGGAGCCGAAGAAUAUAUGAAAGAACUACAACCCGUUCCAUUACACAUGAAACGAGAAUCUCAAGUUCCCAAAUAUCUUAAUUUGGUUAAUAAAGGUGGUGGUUCUCAAGGUUUGGAACGUGCUAUCGGUCAAUUAUUGCGCAUUAUGGCUAAAGCCCAAGUCUUUGACUUCCAAUGUUUCCUUCUAAUGGAUGGUUUGGGAACAAUUUCUUCAAAUGUCAUUACCAAAGGCAUGCAAGAUGAUGCAGAAGUUUCCAAAAAGGCCGUUGUUCUUGCAGUGCAAUUGUAUCGUAAUGCUUGUACAUUAUGUCCUCAAAUAGCACGUCAUGCCAUUUUAGGAAAUACUCUUGUUGUUUUAUUUGAUGCUUUAUUCCAAAGUUUGCAGCUUCCCGAAGAAAAAUCACCACAACAUCCUGUCGAGUUAUCCACCGAGUUAAUGCUGGCAUGCACGGUGGCUCUAUCGCCAUCCUAUACAAAAAAGCACACCCACCCCAAAGUCUUGGAACGCCUACCAGAUUUAAUAAGUUAUGCGGUGAUAACAGGACUCAUUGAAAUAUUAUCGCGACGAUGCAUGAAAAUACGUGAAUCAAUUGAAAACCACCAGAGUGUGGUUCUCUCAUUGUUGGCUACGCUUGGCUUCAUCACAAGGUUCAUUGAUGUCUGUCCACCGGGACCCACAGAUCCUACACGUUUCCUAAGUGCGGCAAAAUCCACUGAACUCUUUGGUUCCAUAUCGAUGCUCUAUGCCAGCGUAGUACCAAUUGGUGAAUGCAUUCCACCGAGAACGAUUUCGUUAGCGGCUGCAACAUUUAAUCUAUUAGUUUCAAUGGCUGUGUUGGAUUUAUCUACGUUCCAGGAGGUGAUGUCCAGUGAAGCGAUCUCAUUGAAGUUUCUUGAUGUGGUGCAAAUUUUACUCAAAUAUUGUGGCAAUCAAACGACGGCAGCUAAAAAUAGUGAAACCCAGGCGGUUUUAAUUGAUUUAAUUGCAACAAUCGGUUUCUUUUGUGCUAAUAAUAAACAAAAUCAGGAUCUUUUAACCUCUGAACAAUGUUCCAAUAUAAUUAAGAAUUUAACUAAACUACCCGAACAUUUGAAUGUGGUGGUUUAUCCAUGUCUAGUAACUGUUACGUUCCAAAAUCAGGAAGCUCGUAAUGUGAUAUCACGUGAUUUUAAUUUAGAGUUUUUGGAUGAAUAUAGUAAAUCGGAUAAAGCCAAAAAGAAUCAUUUGGUUGCUUUGCUCAAGGAAAAUACAUAAAAUGCUAUUGUUUGUUUACUGCUUCCUUCUACUCUUCUUUGGAAUUCAAAAUCUUUGAAACCAUUAACACUAAACAUCUUUUAGAAAGGUGCUGGAUAUAAUUUAUUUAUUCUUCUAACAUGGAAUGAAUAACGACUGCCUCUUUUUUUAUCUACAAUACUCUCGAAUUAUUUUUUUCUUUUUUAUUAUUAUAAUUAGUAGCUAUUAAAUGAAUUCAUUUCUUAACUUUAAAAAAAAACAAAACUAUGUAUUUCAAAAAUAUUGUAAACUUUUUGAAUGUGUGUGAAUACUAUUGAGUCGUGAUCCUUUUACAUUCUUUAUAUAUGACCAUAAAUAUACAAACAAACAUACUAUUAUUACUCUUAUUCUUAUUAUAUACUACUUAAUGAAAUAUCUCAUAAUUAUUUGAUAUUAUUAUAGAAAUAAACAAAAAAUAUAUUUAAUUUUUACAUUUUUCUUUAAUUAAUGUUUAUUAUGAUUUUUUACCUCUUUUUUAUUAUUCUUUUUACA